AUGUGGUGCUUCAUCGUUUACGCAAGUCACCCUUCCAUCCAGUGGCCUUCGCUAGUCGUUCUCAUCGGAAGGUCCACUCGAAGACCGCCAGCAUACCAGACUUUCUCCGCACGCGUCUUGCAUUCUGGUCAUAUGUCUUCUUUUCUAGCAAGCCAGCAAGCAGAGAAGCUGAGAGUCCAGCGUGAGCGCGACGAAGGUGGCCUCGCAAUGGCCGAAGGCUUCAGACCACCGUGGUGCAUCCGGAAGGCGGACGAGAUGUCGAUGGGUUUCGUCGGGCACGGUACAUCCAUCCCCGGAACGUGUUCUUUGGUUCUCAAGAGUGGUUCCCGAGGGAAUUUCAGUGACGCUCCUGCCAAACAACGCUAA